AUGCUCCUCUUACUAUCCUUCAUACGACCCACAUUCAGCACAAACACAACAGAAAAACCACGCAUAUUCAUCCUAUCCGACAUCCUCAACGAACCCGAUGACUCGCAAUCACUAGUCCGCUACCUGCUGUACUCGAAUGAGUUCCAGACAGAAGGCAUAGUAGCCACGACCUCGACAUGGCUUCCGAAUGAGACACAUCCAGAAGCUAUUCGCGAGAUCAUUCGUGCGUGUGGGAGUGUGGUGGAUAAUCUGAACCAACAUGUACCGGAGGAUAAGCAGUAUUCUUCUGCUGAGGAGUUGCUUGGUGUUGUUUUUUCGGGGCCUACUGUCUACGGCAAACAAGCCUUACAAAACAAUACAACCCCCAGCCCCGGCACAAUCCACCUAAUCAAGUCCCUCAAAUCCUCAACCGCAAUUCUCCACCUCCCCAUCUGGGCCGGCACAAACACCCUCGCCCAAGCCCUCCAGCACAUCACUCGCACCCACUCCCCAACCGAAGCGAAGGCACUCCGCUCCCGUCUCCGCAUAUACACCAUCUCCGACCAAGAUGACACAGGGCCCUGGCUGAGAGCGACAUACCCGGAUUUGUUCUACAUUGCUUCAAGACAUGCGUGGAAAGCGUAUUCCCUUGCGACGUGGACGGGGAUGUCGACGACGGGUCUUUCACCGGCGGCUAAUGAUAGUAUUGUGCAGAAUGAGUGGUUGGGGGGGUUUAUCCAGAAGGGGGAGUUGGGAGGUGUGUAUCCUGAUAUUGAGUAUACGAUGGAGGGAGAUUCACCGAGUCUGUUGUAUUUCAUCCCGAAUGGACUGGGGCAUGUUGAGAGACCAGAAUGGGGGAGUUGGGGUGGCCGAUAUACACGCCUUUCAGAUGAUUCUCAUGAGACGCAGUUCGGUGAUACCAUUGAUACGGUGUACUACACCUCUGGGAACAAGACAGAGACCGAGAAGUCAAACCAUGCAACUAUCUUCCGCUGGCGCAGUGCGUUUCAGAUGGACUUUGCGGCGAGGAUGCAAUGGACGCUUUCUCCGGAUUAUACGUCCGCGCGCCAUCCGCCUGUUAUUCGUGUGAAUGGGCAUGAGGGUUUGGAGCCAUUGAUCAUCCAUGCGCGAUUGAACCAAUCCUUCAUCUUCGACGCAAGUGAAACUAUCGACACAGACCAGCAUGAUGAUCUACAGUUCGAAUGGUACCAAUACCAAGAACCCUCCUACCUACCAAACCCCGGCCCACAAAGCGACGAGAAACUAAACAUCCAACCACUUUCGGAUGGACAAUUGGUCAAGCUGAACUCGCAGGGAUUCACGGACGCCGUUCGCGCAAAGAAAGUUAGGGUUACACUUCCGGCGAUGCAGGAUGCAGAGAUGGUAGAUGGGUAUCAUUUGAUAUUGCAGGUUAGCACUGGGGGUGAGGUUCCGUUUACGAGGUAUAAGAGGGUUGUUUUGGUGGUUUAG